AUGCGACUGGGAUCGAACGGAAUAGCGAGUAGCCGUGGUCAACAUAACCAAGGAUCCAAUGGUAAUAAAAAGAGGGCAAACGAUAGGCGUAUGGGAAAGCGCAUACUGGGACGAUAUGUGCUUCAAAAUGCUCCGACAGAUAUACUCUGCAACCAGGUUAAACCAUUGUCUAGGAAAGAAAGACUAGAAAAGCUGUUCAGCUUGCUGGUGGGCAAUAGAGAUGGAAGAGCAUUAUCGCCAGAGCUGCAAGACAUCAUAACAGAGAAGAACCAAGUGUUUGUUGUAGAAGAAAGUGAACUAACACAGACUUCUCUGGUAGCUCAUGAUAUCGACACGGGAGACACAAGGCGAAUCCGACAGAGAAAAAGGCCGGUACCCAUUGGUGCUCGCGACUAA